AUGGAUAGCUCAUUUAUUGCUGACGAUACUAUAGAAGAACCGAUUUUACCCAUUGAGCUGAAGCCAUCGGUGUUUAGACCGUUUGCUUAUCGCGUUUUAUCAAAGAAAUAUGGACUGAAUGUUCACACAUCAGCACUUGAGCAAUUGACAGCGUAUGUUGGUAAAAGGUUCGGAACAAAGUGGAAGAGAGACCCCAAAACAAGUGCCUUUCUUGAUGUAGUGGCAAAACUAUGGAAAGAGCAAGGGAGAGGUGUCUUCAUUGACGGCGAAGGUGUAGCUGAAGUUAUAAAAGAAAUUAUUGCUAAUGAGCAAAGAACAAGGAAGAGAAUCCAAAAGCAGAAGGAAAAUAUAGAAAAUGGUCACAUGGACCCCGAUUCGUCAUAUUUUGAUGCAAGCACACUUGAUGAUUCAAAGUUUAUGGCAUCACAGUUAAUGGAUUCUGAAAAUCUUGACUUUAGUGGAAACAAUAACAAAGAAGAUUCUAUUGAUUGGAAAACUUUUUUCAGAGUUAUAGAUGUAAACCAUUACACAAAGUUCAAGUUUGAUCGACAAAGAAAACAAUUUGAUUAUCACAAUACAGAGUCUAAACUGAAACUGAUGGAACUUCCGGAUGUCGAUUCAGUUAUCAAUUUUCAAAUGGUAAGAUUACAUAUUCUUCGAGAUAGGCUAUACCGCAAUCAGGUUUUCUCCAAAAUAAAAUAUGAUGGAAAUACUGAAUCAAUAAUAAGUAACCAAAUGCAUCGCCCCAAACACAUCACGUAUGUGAAGAACUUGUUGGGUAGGAAUGAGCACAGAUUUGUAUUGUUUGGAUUAGUCACACAAAAUUCUUAUGGGCUUUGGCAGCUACAAGAUGAUAGCGAUAAAAUAGAACUUGUUUUGAAGCAGUGCAUUUUUUCAAAAGACUACUAUUUUGUUUCAGGUAAUUUUUUGAUUAUUGAUGGAUUUUAUUCUUCAGCGGGGAAAUUCCAUGUUUUAUCUGCGGCACAUCCUCCUGCUGAGGAACGUGAAGUGACCUUUGAUGCCUUUGGAGAGCUUGAUUUUAAUUGGGAUUAUUCAAAAAAUGGCAAAAUUGAUUUGACUAUGAAACAACUAACCUAUAAGGAGAUCAAACAGCAUCCAGAUCACAAAAUUAUUGUGUUAGGGUGUCAUCUAUAUUUAGAUGAUCUGGAAACAAUUUCCAAGCUGCGUAAGAUGUUGGAGACAAUCGAAAAUGAAAUACAAAAUAAGCUCAAAGGUACAAUGGAAGAAAUUAACGUGUACGAUUUUCCUGUUUCUAUCGUAUUUGUUGGGCCGUUUACUUCACAGGCUCUCACGAUAACAGAAGGAACUUCUGUAAACCAACUAACACAUUCAGGUCGAUACAAAGCUGGUUUUGACAAUAUAGCUAAUGUUUUAGAGAAUUUCAAAGGGAUUUGCGAGAACUGCAAAUUAGUCUUUGUUCCUGGAGAUGGAGAUCCCUGGAUAUCUAUGGUAACAAAGAACUCCAGUUCUGUGUGGCCUCAGAUGAAAAUCCCAUCUGUUUUCGGGUCUAAAUUAGAAAGAGUAGCAAAAAAUGUCGAAUGGGCCUCAAACCCUUGUCGUCUGAAUUAUUUGUCACAAGAUAUAUUGAUAAUAAACAACAAUAUUGCGGAGUCUCUGAGACGGAAUGAUUUUACGUACCUGUGUGAAUUAAACGAUGAGGAAAUUGAACGGGCUUUAAAUCGACAAAGAAGGGAAGACUCCGGUGCCUUUAGUUCCCAGCUGUCAUUUGUUAAUGAAGAGGAACUAACAAUUAACAAGUUGACUAUCAAAGAAACUACGGAAACUGAUAAGUUUAACAAAGUGAUUAGAACCGUAUUGGAUCAAGGUAUUGCGUCGCCAUUUACGAAUCAGGUUCGUCAACUACUCCCUAACUACUUGCCGUUAUUGAGUCUAAUUCCAUUACCUAACUGCGUAAUAAUGACAGAUGCGACAUCUCCCAGACUUUCCACCAUGUACAAAGGUUGUUUCGUAACUAAUGUCGGAAAGUUCACGGACCAUCAAAACAGAGCACAUUAUAUCGAGUAUUAUCCAGCUUCUCAAACAUCUAAAAGCGUAGUUGUUUAUUAA